GUGGUGGCCAACGCCAUAGAGAGCUUCGUCGGCAUUGAGUUGGCCGGUGAUGUGGGCACGCCGGGAACGGCAAUCUCCAAUUUUGUGAAACGCCUUUCCUCAUCCCAAAACCUCAUUCCGAAGUUCAGUCGCCCUGCGACAACGAUAUCGACAGCAAUAAGAUUGUUCAAAGUAACCCGGAUUGAUCAACGAGGAUCCUCAGUUAGACUCUGCAAGCCGAGAAAGAAGGUUCGUACUGUGGACAGACGUCAAUAGUGAAUAGUACACAGUACACAAGUAUACACUACCUAGACAACGUUGGCAAUUGAUCAAGGCAACCGUCAACGUCUUCAGAAGCCGGAAAGUGUGAUUUCUCGUCGAAUCAUACUUUUUCUGCCCAUCCCGUCCCUUGACACGCCCCCAUGUGUGACACCCCCCAUUCAUCGCUGAAUAAUGACUUCUGUGCAAGUGUUGAAUGGAUCAGAGCCCACAAGAUUGCCUCUGUUGAAGCGAACCAAUUCAAAUCCCGCCCCCGACGGCCACGGUUCCCGAAGAGAUGAUCGGAAGAGCAAGCGCGCUAAAAAACGAAAACUAACCCCGUGUUCCAAAUUGGGCGAAGAAGAACAAAAGCCGUUCCUAGCGGACGACGAGACGGAAGAAAGUGGGCAAGCCGCCCUGCCGCCGCCACUGAAGAAGAAACGUUUCGCACCCAAGAAAGACAACUUGAAGAAGCAACAUCGCCGAGGUAAGAAGAAGUUCAAGACAUGGAAGAAGAACAAGAAGGACUCGGGAUUUGGAGGGAGCUUUUUCCCCAAGGGGAGGACUGCCCAACCGGACGCCCCAUUCAAUACCACUCAAUUCAUCAUGAACGAUCAUGGUGACACUAUUCAGUACUUGGACAAGAAACUCAAGGUUACUCCCGAAAGCUUCCUGAGAAACCCGAAUGCAUGUGAUGGACCCACCAAGGUAAUCACGCGAGCUCGGGACUCGAGCUUCUCGUUGGACUCGGACGAGGACUAUUUCUACUCCUCCCCGGAAGAUGAAGAGGAGUUCGUCAAUAAUGAGUUCCUCAAGGAAUAUAACAAUGCUCGAGCGGAUCGACUAGUCACGUUGAAUAAAGCCGACCUCAUCAACGAGUACAUCCAAAUGGAGAGCAAGAUUGACAUCCUGGAGGACCGCUUGGUCAAAGCCAGGCAAAGAGAAGAGGCCAGGAAGAGCGAUGCGGAAGCCGCAGCCCAACUGGCCAUGCAGAUCACGCCGGAAAUGAUGGAUCGGAUCCGGAAUUUCCAGAAAGAAAUCCAGGCUCUUAAAAUGGACAACCAUCACCUCAGAUUGGAAAACCUCUCCUUACUCAGACAAAAACGCAGACAGGCUUUGGGCCUAGAUGACGAACUGGAUGGUGAGGAGAGCAUCGUUAGCUCUUCCAGCUCCAUCUCUGAGGACGACGACGAUGACGAGGAUUCGUGUAGUACAUGCGAUUCGUCAUCGUCUUCGUCGUCCAGCGAGUCCUCCAGUUCGGAUGACGAUGAUGUCAAUGGCGGCGAUGAUCGUGUCGCUCAACAAGCCCCUACCGGCUAUCACGCUUUGGAAUCUAGUCCUGAAUUGGAUGAAAAUGCCCAAGACACCGGUUACGAGAGUGGACAAAGUGGAAACCAUGCCAAUCCUCACCCUGCUGUGUCCUCAACUUCCAACAGCGGCGUUGACCAAACCACUGAUGAGAAUAAAAGCGACAAAUAACCAAGGCCAAACGCUGUCCUCCUCUCCAAUGAUAUGAUUUCAAUCUCGACUAAUUACUCAUGUACGUACCCCCAACAUCAUUAUUAUUUUUAUUAUGAUCAUUAUCAUCACCACCGCUUAAUGUAACAAGAAGACCCCCUUAAAAUCCCUGUGUAUUUUCCCCUCUCCCGAUUUCCUCCUUUUGUCUCCCAAACCAAGCGCUGUGUUCCAUUUGGUGCUGUGUCACAUGGACUUCUUUCUUUCUCUCUUUUUGGGAGAACGAGAAUCUGGUACAAAGCCAAUGCCAAAACCCCGGACUUCACUCUCUGGGCCAUUGCAUUCAUGAUUAAGAAAUAUUAUUUUCUGAUAAAAGUCUGUUUGAA